GCUACAGCUACAGAGUUUUCUAGAAGCAGCGGCGUGCAUUAGAUAGCCACCGGCAGACACACACACAGACACACACACACACACACUCAGUCACUCAGUCACUCAGUCACUCACCGUUUCAUCAAGCUGUAAUCAAAUGGCCAAGUGGGGAGAAGGAGACCCCCGUUGGAUUGUGGAGGAGCGAGCCGACGCCACUAAUGUCAACAACUGGCACUGGACCGAGCGAGAUGCAACAAACUGGUCAUCGGAUAAAUUAAAAUCCCUGCUCCUCGGGUUGAGCGUGGAGAAUGAGGAGGGGACGUGUGAGGUGACAGAGGUCAGCAAAGUGGAAGGAGAGGCCUCUAUUAAUAACCGCAAGGGAAAACUUAUUUUCUUCUACGAGUGGAACCUGAAAGCUACUUGGACCGGAAAGUCAAACACGGGAGUCAAAUAUAAAGGAGCGAUUGAGGUUCCCAACCUGUCUGAUGAAAACGACAUGGAGGACCUCGAUAUUUCUGUAUCGCUGAAUAAAGAUGAGCCCGACACGCCGCUGCUCAAGCUGAUGAAAACAAAAGGGGCGGAGAAAGUCCGCGAAGCUCUCGGCAGCUACGUCGGAUUCCUAAAAACGGAAUUCACUCAAGGGAUGAUCCUGCCCACAGCCAACGGUGUGGCCAAGAUGCAGACCACAUCCCAGUCCAAAACCAAAACGGAUAAAACUCAGAUUUCCUCCUCCGGCAGCACAGCUGCUCCCGUCAACACCGGCGUCAAGAUUCCCACCUGUAAGUUCAGCAUCAGAGAAACGUUCCUCACCUCGCCGGCCGAUCUCUACAGAGUCUUUCUCAACCAGGAGAUGGUUCAGGCGUUCACACACGGUUCGGCCACCGUCGACGGAGAGAAGGGCGGAAAGUUCCGUCUGCUAGAUGGAAAUGUUUUCGGUGAAUUCACGGAGCUGGUUCCUGAUGAGAAAAUAGUAAUGAAGUGGAGGUAUAACAACUGGCCCUGUGAGCAUUACGCGACCAUCACAAUGACUUUCCUGGACCGUAACACUGAGACGGAGCUGAAGGUGGAGUGCCGAGGCGUCCCCGACCACCAGGAGGAGCAGACGAAAGAGGGGUGGAAGAGAUACUACUUUGAGGCUAUUAAACAGACUUUUGGUUACGGAGCGCGGCUCUGCUGAAGACGGUGUCCUGUCGUACGGUCCUUCCUCCCUCCUCCUCUGUUUGGAACCUUUUUUUUUUUUUUUUUUUUUUUUUAUUGCAUUUCUGUCCUUCGAUCUUUUGGCACAAAACGUCCCUUUGUAAAGACAAAAAAUAUAGACGAGGCCAGUCUGUCACCUGUGUGUGUGUACAUGUUUUAAUUUCUGAACGUAUUUAAAUCUAGACCCAAACCUCCACCCCCCACCCCCACCUCCACCUCGUCAGUAUUUGGCUCAGUUGUUCAAAGGAGCGUAAACGGACUGUGCCUUUAGGACUCUGGAUGGAAAACGGAUUAAAUAAAUCAAAAAGGAAUCUGUUGAACCACUAAAGCAAAUUGGCCUCCACUUCUAUAAGUGUGUAAUUACUCCAUAAUAGUAGUAAUAAUAAUGAUAAUAAUAAUAAUGUCGGUUUUCUUUUUAUUUUAAAGAAAUAUUGUUGCUUUGAGGGAAAUAAUAAAAAAAAGAAUGUUUUUUUUUUUACUUAUUUUAUUUGUUUGGGGUGUAACUGUAGUGAAGAUGCUUUUCAGCCACGAUUGCAUGUUUCAUUUCAAACUGCCAGAUGGAGGAACGACUACUGGAUCUGAGCUUUACCUGCGAGCUCCUGUCACCUGCAGCCGAGCAUCUACGUCACCCGACCAGCGUCCGUACGUCACCUCCGACCUUUCGGCGGGAACCAACCAGUAGCGGUUUCAGUUCGUGUCGCGAGCGCAGCGGCUAGAGACAUUUUGCUGUAUUUGGCUUCAAAAUGUACAUUGCCAGUAAAAUGCUUUCAGAACAGA